CCGUCCCGCUCUUUUUUUCUUUCUUCUCUCUCUCUGACAGCUAAAAAUAUCUUAGCUGAAAUUCUCUCUCCGUAACAAAUUUAUUAAAUUCUUUCUCUCCCUUUUGUAAGUUAUCUUUUUCUUGGCUGGUUUUCUAUUUUUGAAGGGAGAUGCAAGAGCAAGCUACAAGUUCUAUUGCAGCCAGCUCGUUGCCUUCUAGUAGUGAGAGAUCUUCUAGCUCUGCCCUUCAUCUCGAAGUCAAAGAAGGCAUGGAGAGUGAUGACGAGAUAAGAAGAGUGCCGGAGAUUGGAAGUGAAGCCGCCGGUACAACAACUUCUGGUCGUGACGGUUCAGUGGCCGGUCCAACCCAGCCAUCGGCGGUGGGUUCAAAGAGGAGAGGGAGAAGCCCUGCUGACAAAGAAAACAAGAGGUUAAAGAGGUUAUUGAGGAACAGAGUUUCAGCACAGCAAGCAAGGGAGAGGAAGAAGGCUUAUUUGAUUGAUUUGGAGGCAAGAGUCAAAGAGUUGGAAACUAAGAACGCGGAGCUUGAAGAAAGGCUCUCCACUUUGCAAAAUGAGAACCAAAUGCUUAGACAGAUACUGAAGAACACAACUGCAGGCUCACAACCGGGAUCUUGCAAAGGAACCGGAGAUAAUUAAGGAGACAAGGGAGAGUCGAUUGUUAUAGUUAAUGUCUUCAUGAGUAGGCCUACUACUGAAGUUGAUUAUGGAUUUAGGAUGAUGAUGUUGCUGCUGAUAUUGUAUGGAAGAAGGGGUUAAAGAUUGUGACAGUGAAGGUGAAGAUGAAGUCAGUUCCCAUGUUUUAAGGAGAAGAGAUAGUUGUCGAUGCUGGAGGCAGUUCUUACUAGAAAACCAUCUCAUUUUGAUAAAUAUAUUUAUUUUAAAACCUGAUUGACCAAAGGUCCAAACCUCAUUAACAUACAAUCAGCAGCUGGUAGGCUAUGAUGCAUGAUGUAUUGGAUGAAGCCUAUAGGUUAUCACGGAAUGUUAAUUUACCAAAAUGCCCACACAAGAAGAUAUAUAUGUAUUGGAUGUCAAAUUUGUAGUUUGUAUAAAUAUUGUAAAAAUGCCAAAGUGGGAUCCAUAUUAGACAAGA